CGCGCGUCCUCUGCUCAGCCAGCGCACUGUCCAUUGCGUUGUGUUGUAGCGUUUAAUUGAUUCAGCGGGGCGGUUUGUGUUGCCGUUGAAUCGCUAUUGUUUGUAUGUAUCGUGAAUAUACUUUGUAGUCGACGCUAAAUUAUUUCAACAUGGAGUCCGGAGAGGCCAACGAGGGGGAGAAGGGAGGCUCUCUGUCGGCGGCGCAGAGAAGGGCAGAGAUCCGGAGGAGAAAGCUGCUCAUGAAUUCAGAGGACAGGAUGAACAGAAUCGUAGGCUUCGCUAAAAACGAGUCUGAAAACAACGCCGGAGUGCUCCGGCGUCCAACAGAACCCCGCUUUCACCUUGACCUCGACAGGACGGAGCCAUGGUCGUCAUCCUCAUCCUCCCCGAGACCAUCUCCCUUCAUGUCAGAGGCCUCAGCGCUCGGCAGCCGCUCCCACAGUGCCACCCCAGAGAGGAGGGGCUCACCCCUGCCAGACUGCAGUGAGCCACUCGGAGGCUCUCUGGGAAGCUCUUUGGACGACGACAUGGGAGGGAUCCGACCGAGACCAAGGGGGGAGCGGGCAUCAGACGACAUCAGCGGUUCCCCACGUCGAGGCCUCCAGAAGUACCUGUCACGUUUUGAUGACGCCAUGAAACUGCGGGGUCAGCUGGCCAGUGAGAAGCCGGCUCAGGACGGAGGGUCUGACUCAGAGGAUUUUGAUCCCUUCAGAAUCUUCCGACUCAUUGGCAGCAUCCUCCUGGCUGUUUUUGUUCGGAUUUUUGUCUGCAAGUUUCUGUCGAUAUUUGCUCCGUUUCUGACCCUCGAACUGGCCUACAUGGGGUUGUCCAAAUACUUUCCAAAGGUAGAGAAGAAGGCCCAGACCACUGUGCUGACCGCUGCCCUGUUGCUGUCCGGCAUCCCCGCUGAGGUCAUCAACCGCUCCAUGGACACCUACAGGAGGAUGGGGGACGUCUUUGCCGACCUCUGCGUUUACUUCUUCACCUUUAUCCUCUCGCAAGAGAUCCUGACGCUCAUUGGCUCAGAGACUCCCUGAUGGACCCUGAUGGAGGUUCACCCCGCCCCCCUUCUUGUUUUCUCCUCCCUCUGUCCCCCAUAGCAACAAGGCUUGGUCGUAUUUGUCGGCUGACAUGUUUGUUGUUGACAGUCUGGAAACAAGUCCUCGCUGCCUUAUGAUCAGGAUCGCGCGUCAGCUUCAGGAUUCCACUAAUGCUAAGCUACAUGUGACCACAGAGUCCAGUGUUUGUUACAGAUCUCCAAAUCAUUUUUGCUCUGGACUGAACCUGAGAAACAGAAAGGCUUUGAAGAAUGUACAGUGGCAUUUAUCGUGCUGAAUGAUAUUUAUUUGUCAGGUCGAGCACAGAAAAUGGAAAACGUUAUACUCAAGAGUGAACACCAGUUUCAGUUCAUCAUCAGUCUGGCAGCCACAGAUUCCAUUUAACUCGUGAAUGGGAAACACUGGAGUUCCUCAGUUUCUGAAACUGACAGAACAUCAUUAACUUAAAAAUUCGGAUAUUGAUGCGUAUGCAAGUGUUUACCAAAUCAUACAAAAUAGUCAAAAACAAUCUGGUGUUCAAUGCAAUGAACUGUCUUCCAGUGUUAUGCAUUACAUCAGAAAAACCCUUCACAUGUGUAAAACAGGACCUUUAAAGAGUAACUCUCAGUGUUCUGCUGCCCUCUCUGGUUGAACAUUUAAAGUGUGUCGCACCUGUCACCACACCCAGUAGUGACAUCACAGUGUACUCAUGCUGCAAUCCAUUGCAAGUCAAGCGUUAAUAAGUCCAACUCAGUAUUUUCGACUUCCCAUGUGCCUUCACAAGCAUCUACAGAAGACCUACGUCAAAUACCACAGCGCCGCUAGCAAAGACAAACAGCUUAUGAAAUAAGUCAACAGUCUCGCUCUUCUUUGCUCAUUAAAAUAGCGUAGAGUGUGUAAACGGAUGUCGAGCUAAUUGUGUGAACCACAGCCAAUAGCAUAAAACUGUUUUGUGAAGAUGGAGAUGGAGAUACAUUUGCCUUCAGAGACUUCGGUGAAGAACAGUCAACUUAAUGGAAAUGGAAAUGGCAGCUGCAUUGAUGUUACAGCAGUUUCACAACAGUAAAAACACUUACUUAAAACACUACAAAAAGUAAAAUAAAUGAUAAAGAUGUCAUUCCUCUCAGUUCAGUAUGUGCUCUGCCAUUUUGCUGCGACGUCAGGUUUGUUUAUGUUGGCGAACUUGGUCUAGAUGAAAAAGUUUCGGAGGCUGUUUUUUAUCAAGUUCGCGUACAAUGGAUUGCAGCAUAUCACAUCCUGAGUGCACCUCUAUACCACUGCAGCAAGGUGAGAAGUUAAACCAAUAGAGGGUGGCAAAAACAUCUUUUCAGCUGCUGUUAAGUUGUACUUCAAAAACUCAAACUGUUUGAAUGAACCCAUUAAUUUAAAGUGAGAUUAUGUAACUUUUGCUAAACAGCGGCCUCUAUGGCUACAAGCGGCAAUUACAGGAGCAUGGUCUAUGCUAAAAUGUAGUGCAGCAGUAGCACAGGUUAAGGAAUAAAUAAGUUAGUGAACUCAUUCGGUAAUACCUGUUAUAAAAUGAGCCACAAUAAGACUGCAGAACCCCUCGGUUUGCUUUAUAAUAUAUGAAGUCAGCUUUUCAUUUGUGAGAAAAUGAAUGUGUUAUUUAUUCUUUAAAAAUUACAUAGUCUUGCUUUAAAGAACAGAUUUACUGUAAGCCGCCCUGAGUCCUUCUCUAUCCUAAUAAUCUCCAAAGAUGUUGCAUAACUGGGCAGGGUGUCAUAUUCUCAGCUAAUACUCCGCACACUCCUCAGCAGGCUUUGGAGGUAGUUGAUGUCCUAACUAGUAUAUACAGCACUAUGAGUAUGUUUUUCCUGUAAGUCAGCCUUGCAGUGCAUCAGACAAGGUUGGGGUCAGUGCAUUUUCAGGUCAUGCUAUUUCAAAACCUUAAUCUAACCUUCACGUAACUCCACUAAAAAAAAAAAAUCCACUUCUUUAUUGAAAUGUUAGUAAACUGAGGACAACUUUGGAGGGAAGGGGUUUGGCUGGAGCUCUUGUUCCGUUAUGAUUGAUAAUCGAUGACUGAUUAGAGCAGAAAGUUUAAGACGGAUUAUCAUCAGGACUGACAGAGGCAGGUGGUUUCUUUUUUCCCCCUCGAACGUAAUAUCAUCUUCUCUGCACCUCAAGCGGCAGACGACCUUGAGGCUUUGCAGUUGCGUCCCAAAUGGCAAUCAUCACGAAGGUCCAACAAAAAGUUUCCUUUGAAAAGUGUUUACAUGGAAGUUUAACACCAUUUUUAAAAAAAACUUGAGAUUAGUUUCUGACUUUAUUCUCAGGAUUCUGACUUAAAUCUGUGAAUCAUUUCUUCUUUUUGCAUGAAUUCUGUGAUAAAACUCAAGAGAUUUGACUGUUUUUUUCUCCACAUAUGGCCUUCCUCUCUGCCAUGUAAACAUAAACUAGCAAGAAAAAUAGAGUACUCCUUUUUUUCCGAGAUCUCCAAGUUAUUUUUAGGUCACAAAACAUGAGGAACAGUUACACACAUGACCCUGCAGCCGUAGUUUAAAUAGAAUCCAGCUCCUGAUGAUUUUAAGUGUCUUAAAGGAAUACUUCACCAACACAUUGACCCUGUGUAUAUCAGUUAUUCUUGCUGUGUAACCUUCAGUUCUUGAAGAAAACCUGAAUUUCCUCCCACGCCUCCACAGAAAACAGCGAAGAUAUUUAUUGAUUGAUUGGGGUCCGUGUUUAACAGCAGCAAAACUAUAUAUCAAAACAGUGGUUCACAAACUCACACACAGCUCCUGCAGUAUAAUCUAAGUCUGUAACUAAUCUAUGGCCAUAUUGUGGGUGACGUAUUCCUUUAAGAACCUGAACUCUUGUUUAAUUGGUGGAUUCAAAUCGUGUGUUUGUGUUGCGACAGAUUUCCUCGUAGGCAUGCUUUAAGUCCUAUCUUCUUUUGCGAUCUGUCAUCCAGUAUUCAGAAGGGUCCACCCAUGUUAUGAUUAAGUUUUCCUCCUUAGUUCUCAGCUGUGAGAAGAAGCAUUUAGUCCUUGAAUGUGGAGUGUAUUAUUUUGCACGGCUGUGAGCUUAAAAAUGCAGUAAACUUCAUACAGCGUAACGGAACGUGUGUUAGACAAGAGCGUCUUGGCUUUUACUGGGAAGUGCUGUCGCUGCAAAUAUAUGUGGGACAGUGGGAGUUUGUGCGCUUAUUUGUGUUGAGUAAUUCUGGUGAUGUGUCCCGCUUUGCUUUGUUUGGAGCUACAUCCAUAAAUCCUUCAUAUACUGUAUACUCUCUAAUUCUGUGCUGUAAUGUCCUCUCUCCAUACUUUUGAUUUCAUCCAAAUUAAUUUAUUAAUGUGAAUUUCUUGUUUUCAUGUAAAUAAUUUGGUGAUUUAUCCUACGACUUGUCUGACCUACUUGAUUGUUUUUGAUAACGUUUACAGAAUAACUGUUUAUAAUGGCUCUUACAGUGUCUUACUUCAGUAACAAAGUCAGUGGUGACAUGAUGUAAAAACUCUCUGAUUUAAAACAUACAGGAAUGAAAAAACUGAUAAUUCAUACCAAAUAAAUACUACUUGUGUGACAUUCUC